AUGUCGUUCAGUCAAAGGAGACCUCGAACAUCGCAGUUGGUGGAGCUCCAUGUUUUUUAUGUCCCAGAAGAAGUGUGGAACUUCAAGCUGAAUACAGUUCCUGUGGCUCUUACUAGCAAAUUCAUCUCAGCCGGAUUUAUAAGGGUGCCUCCUCACAUCACAUUAAGAGCGCUACGGGAGAAGCUUGGAGAGUACCUGGGUGGAGCUGCAGUUGCAGAUAAAUUCACAUUUUUAAAAUGCAUUGGGAAAAAACUAGCAGUGGUGAAAGCAAAGCAAGAAACAGAACUGGAACUGAAGUCAUUUGCUCCCCCUUAUGCACUUUAUCCUGAAUUAUAUGUAUUACCUGGAGUGGAAUACUUUGAAGAUGUUUAUCCAUUGUCGUCAUCAACUCAACAGAAACAUCACUUCAAUGCAGAAACUAAUGGAUCAAGAUUAUCCAGUCUUCCCCAAAAAAACCCUGAAAAAAGCAAACGAUUUUUAGAAAGCACGCAAAGCAGUCAUCAGCUAGAAAGUCAGGAAGUGCACAGUUCUGUCAAAUGGGGUGAGGAAGAACCUGUUCCAGCUUUGCACACAAAACAUGAGCAAGACCAUAACAACAGGAUUCAAGAAAAACAGAUACAGUUUAGAGAAGAAGAUCAAAAUGGAUCCAGAGCAUCUCUCUUUGCACCAAGUAAUUCAAAUCCUGCAGAUUCGGAGUCUGGAGAGAGUGAUAUGCUAUUACAGGCCUCUCAGCAAAAUCAUCUCGGCCAGAAUCAAAAAGAGCAUAAUACUCCCAAGUGGAAUGACAAAGCCAAAGGAACUGCUCUUACUCUUCCUGUAAACCACAGUGAUGAACAAGGCCAGAAUAACCAAACACCCCAAAAUCCCAUUAAAUAUCGAAAGGUUCGUAAGGGAUCUUCAGUCUCUGAAAGGCAGAAAAGAGUUAGAUACAGCAUUAAACUAAGCACCAAACUGCUCAUUACAAACAUGGAAAAUAAUGACCAUCAAAAAGAUACCAAACUAAGAAGAGACAGAACACAGGAUUCUGGAAUUCCUAAAACAGUGAAAGGCCAAACCACAGAACAUGUACACAAAACCCAAAGCUUGCAGCAAUACAGAACUAGCAAGUCUAUAGCUGAUCCUGGUGAAAAACUGGAUAGUCAGGCAGAUCAAAACAAGCGAAAUCAUCUUACUUGUCCAAAAGAAUAUAUUUCGCCUCCUAGUCCGCCUUUUCUGGCACUUUCUGUAAAUCCAGCUCAAGUUCCCGCAAUUCAGGCAGAAAAAAAGAAGAUGGUAGAACGAUUGCAACGAAUGAAGAAAGACAGAAUGCACAUGGAAAAAAUUAGAGAAGAACUGAUCAAAAAAGCUAAAGGGCUCCUGGAACAAAAUAAGCUGAGGAGAUACCACGUUCGUGAGGAAUGGAAAAAGAAGUACUUUGAAACUAAGAAAGCUACGGUUUCACUGGAGGACGCUUUAAACAAACUGCGACAAGAUUUAGAGCUUUACCACCAGAAAUUACUCUUGCAAUUGGAAGCCAGAGAUAGCCGAAAACGACCAAACAAUAUGACAACCUCCAAGAAUUACACAAUCAUCCGGAUUACUACAGUGCAGCAUGAACUCGAUCAACUGAGGAGGAGGCUGGAUGAUACAAAAAUGAAACUCAUAAUAGAAAUUAAGAUGAGAAAGCAGGCAGCAUCUGAUUUACGAGCACUGAGAGCGGAACUGACACAUAAGAAGAUUCACUCAGCUUUAAUUCUCCAGUCCAGAAAAUCGGGGAUCUAA